GCAGCAAGGAAGAUUUCAGCAUACGAUGUACUGAAGUCAUUCAAAGUCUCACAAAUCAAAAACCCGUUGCUUUUGGGUCGCAAACAAGACGGACACUUGCCUGUGCUCGCCCACUUAUUGUGCAGGACGCAGCGACAGACUGGUUGGGGAUGCAUGAUGGAGAAAGAUUUCAGCCGGAACCAAAGACUCCACCAUAUCUUCGUGAUUUAAUGGUUGGUGAUCAGAGGUGA